CUUACCCACAAGGCAAUUCUCCUGUCCGUAUUUGGAAAGGCACGUCAGAUGCAUUUGAGACAAAAGAACUGAGGGACGGCUGAGACAGUGACAUGCUGAUUGGGACUGGACCAUGCAGAGCCAGAAGACCCCAGGGUCUAAUCAAACUCAUGGCCCAUACCCUCUGGCAGUAGCCCCCCCUGGUGGUUGGAGGGGGAUGGAGCGUGGUGGCGGGGAGAGCCCCCGCAUGCAGGACAGUCCUGAGCGGGAACGGCGGGGGAGCAGCCCGGACUUCAGUGGACCCCCGCCAGGGAAGAUGGGGCGUUUGGAGCUUAAUGGGAGCCCCACUGGGCCACGCCUCCUACGUCACAACGGCCACCCACACAGACCUCUGGGAGGUCUGAUGAUCCCAGUGUUCUGUGUGGUAGAGCAGGCAGGGCCUGACGGAGGGAUGCAGCGUGAACGAGAGCGUGAGGAGCUGGAGAGGAAGGAGGGACACAGAGAGGAGCAUGCUGAGUUUGUCCUGGUCAGGAAAGAUAUCCUCUUCAACCAGCUGGUGGAGACAGCCCUGCUGGCCCUGGGGUACUCCCACAGCUCAGCAGCUCAGGCCCAUGGCAUCAUCAAGGUGGGUCAUUGGAACCCUCUGCCCAUCCACUUCCUAUCAGAUGCUCCUGAAGCCACGGUGGCUGAUAUGUUGCUGGAUGUCUAUCACAUGGUCACCCUCCGCAUUCAGCUACAGAGCUUUGCCAAGCUGGAGGACCUUCCGUCAGAGCAGUGGAACCACGCCACGGUGAGGAACGCCCUCAAGGAGCUUCUCAAGGAGAUGAACCAAAGCACACUGGCCAAGGAGUGCCCCCUCUCACAGAGUAUGAUUUCCUCAAUAGUAAACAGCUCCUACUAUGCCAAUGUCUCCACUGCCAAAUGCCAGGAAUUUGGACGCUGGUACAAGAAGUACAAGAAAAUCAAAGGAGAUUAUCUGGAGAAGAUGUGGCCAGGAAGAGAUCAUUCAGAAAUCAAAGUGGAGAGAGACAGCCUGGCAGACUUCUGUGUCAUGGGCCAUCGUCCCCCUUCCCACCUGGCCAGCCUGGCCCAGCUCAGCCACCUUGGAACAACAACACCCCCCUCGCCCCACGGCCAGCUCCACCACACCCCUCUGCGUGGCCAGAUCCCCCCUCCCGGCCCUCCAGCCUCCCUUCAGCCUCUCCUUGGCCCAGGCGGGCUUCUCUCCCCCCAGCUUAGCCCUCAGCUUGUCCGACAGCAGCUAGCCAUGGCUCACCUCAUCAACCAGCAGCUUGCUGUUAACCGCCUGCUAGCCCACCAGCACCCACAGGCCCUCAACCAGCAGUUCCUCAACCACCCUCCCAUCCCUCGGCCCUCCAAGGCAGGGGGCCCUGGGGACCCCGGGAACAACCCGUCUGCUGCGGAAGUCUCCACUGAUAUCUACCAGCACGUCAGGGACGAAUUGAAGAGAGCUAGCGUCUCACAGGCUGUGUUCGCUCGCGUGGCCUUCAACAGAACACAGGGCCUGCUGUCGGAGAUCCUGCGGAAGGAGGAGGACCCUCGCUCUGCCUCUCAGUCCCUGCUGGUCAACCUCAAAGCCAUGCAGAACUUCCUCAACCUCCCUGAGGGGGAGAGAGACCGUAUUUACCAGGAGGAGCGUGAGCGCAGCAUGAACCCCCCUGUCGGCCUGCCCCCUACCCCUAGCUCCAGCCCCGGGGGCCCCCGCCUCUCACAGGACGUAUUUAGACCGACCAUCACUAACCAUGUCCCAUGCCACCUCAUGCAGAAGGUGUGGGAGAGAGGUCUGGACGAACAGCUCACUCCUGAUGCCUGGGCUUCUAUCUGGAAGAAUAAGACUAAAAUCUCCAACUCGCCCAAGCCGCCAUGCCUCAACCCAGACCUGCCCCUGAAGCUGGAGUCUCUGGUCAACAUCACGUCAGGUAUCUAUGAUGAGAUCCAGCAGGAGAUGAAGAGGGCGAAGGUGUCUCAGGCGCUGUUCGCCAAGGUGGCUGCCAACAAGAGCCAGGGCUGGCUGUGUGAGUUGCUGCGGUGGAAGGAGAACCCUAGCCCAGAGAACCGUACUCUGUGGGAGAAUCUGUGUACCAUCCGGAGGUUCCUGACCCUGCUCCAGACAGACAGAGACCUGGUGUAUGAAGAGGAGUCCAGGCACCACCACAGUGAGAGGCUGCAUACUGUACUACACCUGCCCCAAGAACCACAGGCACUGCACAGACAACCCCCACAACCCCUGAAGGACCACUCCCCGAUGCGCGAGGACCCCAUGCCCCUCCAGGGUAAUGAUGAAGAGUCCCCGAAUGUUGAAAGAGUCAGUUCAGGAGUCGGUGGUGGUGUGGUCAUUAAGAAGCCUCGGUCGCGCACUAAGAUCUCUCUAGAAGCCCUGGGCAUCCUGCAGAGCUUCAUCCAGGACGUGGGUCUUUACCCGGACCAAGAGGCCAUCCACACUCUGUCAGCCCAGCUGGACCUGCCCAAGCACACCAUCAUCAAGUUUUUCCAGAACCAGCGCUACCACGUCAAGCAUCACGGCCGGCUGAAGGAGCUGGGGGAGGGGGGCGGUGGUGUGGACGUCAGUGAAUACAGAGACGAGGAGCUCCUCUCCAGCUCAGAGGACCCUGAGUCCAGCGAAGACGGUCAUGAGGAGAUGUACCCCACUACAGAGAGGGAAAGAAGGGGAAGCAACCCAGCAGGUUCAGCCCCUGCCCUGGCACCAGCCCAGCCUUCAGGGACCAGCAUGGGGGCCAUGGAGGAGGGCAAGGACAAGGGGCAUUCUCAUGGUCUGAGUGGGGGCCGAGCCAGCUCCCUGCCCCCUGGUAGCUCCUCAUCCAGCCCCAGAGAGCAGGCUGACUUCCAGAGAUAGAGACCCAGAGACCAGAGGAGAUGCAGAAAGAGAGCGAGACCCAGACAGACAGACAGACAGACAGACAGACAGACAGACAGACAGACAGGCAGGCAGGCAGGC